UCUUCACUAAUGCCAUCUGUCCCUGUAUUUAAUUUGUAAUAAGUUAAGUAUUUUUCGUCUGUUUGUUGUUAAUUUAAAACACGUGUUAAAAUGCAAAUGAAAUCAAUUAAACUAUCUAAAUCAAUAAGAAAUAAUUCGUUAGAUGUAGAUAAUUUAAUUGUUACGAGAAAAGGUGGUGGAUCUAUAAUUGACCAUCGUCCAUUAUUUUCGGAAGAUGGAGAAACAUUGUAUGUUAUAUGGAAACAUACUAUACGAGCAUACAGUACAUUAACUGGAGAUUUUGUUCAAGAAUUUGAAGGUGUUGAUCGUAGGAUAACUGGAGUUGUCUCAUAUCCAGAUGUUUUUAAUACAGUUAUAGGUUGUACAGAUAAUGGGCAGCUUAAUUUUUGGAGUUGUCAAAGUGGUAUUAUUACAAAAAAAUUAGACUUAAAUUUUUUGUCAGUAGAGCAUCCCAAAGUGAAAACUUUUCAUAUUGUCAAAUAUAAAAACGCAGUCGGUGUAGAUAUAUCACAAGUUCUCAUAACUUAUAUCUCGCAAAAUAACAGCAAUAUAUGCUUGCUAUUAUUCGACUUGAAAAAUGGAAAGUAUUAUAAACGUCAGUCCAUUUCGACUAAAAAUCCUGAGUAUUACGUUGAUGUAAUAGGAAAUUAUGGGAAUAACUUAGUAGCAGUUCUUCACGAUACAGAUUUACACAUAUUAGAUCCAUCACGUAAUUUAGUUGACAAAUUACAUAAAACAGGGAAAACUGGUAGAAUACCAACAUGCAUCGCUGGACAUCCUGAAGAAGAAUGUGUGGCUACUGGAGAUUCUACUGGGCGCGUAGUAUUAUGGAGAAAUUUAUUCCAAUCUAGGCCAUUUACAGCAGUAUAUCAUUGGCAUACAUUACCUGUAACUGAAAUAGUUUUUAGUAAAACAGGUAAUCAUAUGUACACCGGUGGUGGAGAAUGUGUUUUAGUAAAAUGGACUAUUGCAGCUCCAUCAGAUAAAUCAUUUUUACCACGUCUACCAGCACCAAUUAAAUAUUUGACUAUCGCGUCAGAUAAUAUUUACGUUGCCAUAUCCACCUUAGAUAAUGGUAUUAGUGUUAUAAAUCCGCAAAGAGAUUUAAUAUCUGUAAUACAAAAUCUAACAUGGGGUAUUGCAUUAUCCUGUAAAGAUUUAUUCCCUGCUGGGCUCGUUGUAGAUCCACGUACCAAUAGUCUUGUUUUAAAUAGUCGUACUGGGCAUGUCCAGUUUUAUAAUACACAUACAAAAAGUUUAUUGUACAAUAUUCAUAUAACAGCUGAAAAUUUUAUUACACGAGAACGAAGUGUGAAUACUUUAAACACUGAAGUAACUAAAGUAGCAUUGAAUCAUGAUGGUACAUGGAUGGCCUCAGUGGAAGAACGCGAUGAUAAAGUUUCAGCUCCUGAAGUGAGAUUAAAAUUUUGGUCAUUUGAUUCGAACCAACAAAUUUUUACAUUAAAUACAUCGGUCGAACUUCCACACGAAUUAGGAGUUAAUGCCUUACAAUUUCAAACAAAUUCAUUAUUCGGUGACGAAGAUCCUUUAGUUGUAACUACUGGUAAAGAUAAGAAAUUUAAGUUAUGGAAUCUUGUAGAGCCAACAUCGAUUUAUAAAAAAACGAAACAUUGGCAUUGUUAUGGCGUAGGAAAUUACCAUGAACUAUCAGCUACAGAUGCUGCAUUUUCAAUAGAUGGUUCUUUAUUAGGAAUCGGUUUUGGUUCGUCAUUAACUAUUUGGGAGCCUGAUACGUGUACUUUAAGGAGUAGUCUUACACAUAGUCAAUAUGCACAUACCAUAACGCGCAUCGAAUUUGGGAAACAAGAAGCUUGUAAUUUGAUUGUCGUUGCUUCGGACAAACAUAUUGCUGUCUGGAAUAUUUUAUCUCUGAGUAUUACAUGGAGUGUUUCUUUAAAUGUAACUAAACUAACAGCCGAUUCCAAAUCCAUUCAUAUGGCUGCUUUCACUACAGAAAAUACGUUGUACAUUUUUAAUCCACAAAAUUCAACUCCAGUAUACGUUAAAAAAUCCAUCAUCGAAAACGACAGUUCAAUAUUAGGAGCUGUUUUCGUACCACGUUUGCAAGAUAGUAAAGAUUCCUCUAAUAUGCUAUGGCAGAAGAAAUCACAAUUAUAUUUUAUAGAUUCGAAUCAAGAACUUCUGUGUUUGGAAUCAGAAUCCGAAAUAGGAGACGCUUUAGAAAUCUUCUCAAGAAAUCAAACAGCUUUAACUCCUUUCACGAAUUUUAUAGCAUCUCAGACUGUAUCAAGUAGGGAAGAAAAUAAUUCCCUCGUACAGGAAUCUUAUCGUAUUUCAGGAAAAGAUAAAAUAGACGAGAUCUUCAAUGUUGCUGCUCAUACAUUACCACCGAUGAGAAUGCUUUGUGCAACUUAUUUACUGUCUUUGCUAUCACAAAAAGAUCAAUCUUCAAAUAAUAUAUUGUCAAGACCGGACGAUCAUAAUGAUGAUCUCAAUGAUUCGGAAGACGCAGAAGACUCCGAAAAUUCGGAAGACGAAGAGAUAAAUGAAGAAGAAGAUAAUAUUAAACGUGUAAAAACGAUAAAACAGGAACCAUCGCCAGUUUCAACGACAAUGGGUGUUGAUAAACCCAAUCAACCAUUAAUUAAUCACGAUUGGUCAUUUUUAAAAACUAUAGUACUUCCCCUUGGAAAAAGUACUGAAACAUAAGAAAUAUUUUGUUUAUAUGAAUAUUAUUAAAAUGUUU